AUGAUCCAACCGGAGGAUGAGUCGCCAUUGAGAACCUCUCCGGGUUUCAGUCUCGGCCAAGAGGAGGCCGCAGCAGCUCUCGAAGACUUCGAUACGCAAAGCCAUGCAAGUUCCCGCGACCCCGGUAGCACACAACCCGCCGACCCCGCGCUAGCGGAGAACGCUGGGCUAGACGCCCACCGCGACGAUAUCGGCGAUCCGUCCAAUUUCGACAACGACGCCGAUAAGCCGGCCUGGAGCGAAAUGAAGACCAAGGCUGGAAAGGAGAGGAAGCGCUUGCCUCUGGCUUGUAUCGCGUGCCGCCGCAAGAAAAUUCGUUGCUCCGGCGAGAAGCCGGCAUGCAAACAUUGCACCCGGUCUAGGAUUCCGUGUGUCUACAAGGUGACCACGAGGAAGGCGGCACCUCGCACGGACUAUAUGGCUAUGUUGGACAAACGUUUGAAGAGGAUGGAAGAUCGCGUGAUCAAAACAAUACCCAAGGAGGAAACAAGAGACAUGGCUUCCAUUGGCAGAUCGACCGUGAAACCUUCUACGACUAGCCAGCCAUCAAAAGCCCAGAAAAAGCGAUCUGCAGAUGAGGCGUUUGCUGCAGAAAUGGACGGGUGGACACAUGCGGAUCGCCAGGCGGCCCAGGAGGCAUUCCCGAUGAACCGCGAAGUCAAGUCUACCGAUGGGAGUGGGCUUUUGACCGAGGGAGCUGAGUUCCUGCCUUCGCUGGAAAUUCAAGAGCACCUUGCGGAGGUGUUUUUCGAUUGUGUCUAUGGGCAGUCAUAUCUUCUUCUUCACAAACCUAGUUUCAUGCGACGCCUCAAAGCAGGCACGGUACCCCCUGUCUUGAUUCUCGCCGUUUGCGCGGUGUCUGCACGAUUCUCCACACACCCUCUGCUCAAUUCUGAGCCACAGUUCCUACGUGGAGAGAACUGGGCCAAUCCUGCAGCGGCCAUUGCUCUGAGCCGGCACGACGAACCGAACAUCACCAUUUUGACCGUGUUCCUGCUUCUUGGUCUGCAUGAAUUUGGGACCUGCCAUGGUGGACGUAGCUGGUCUUUUGGAGGCCAGGCACUCAGGAUGGCAUAUGCUUUGCAGCUUCAUCAAGAACUCGAUCAAGACCCGUUGCUCAGUCAGAAAUCCGGCAACGGCUCACAGCUGAGCUUCACUGAUCAGGAAAUUCGCCGGCGCACUAUGUGGGCAUGCUACUUGAUGGAUCGUUAUAACUCGUCGGGAAGUCAGCGACCGCCGAUUGGAAAUGAAAAGUUCCUACAGAUCCAACUUCCUAUACAGGAAACCCACUUUCAAAUGGAGAUUCCGGGUCCUACUGAAGACCUGGACGGUGAUGUCCUCAACCCCACGUCUGAGGAUUCAGGCCAGCUAUCCAAUGUAAAGGAUAACAUGGGCGUCUCAGCGUACAUCAUCCGAGCAAUCGUCAUUUGGGGACGUAUCGUUGACUAUCUCAACCUCGGCGGUAAAAGAAAAGAUUCACAUCCCCUUUGGCACCCAGACUCAGGUUACAGUCACCUCAAGAGGCAGAUCGAUGAAUUUUCUGCCUCCCUUCCGGCUCCUUUUACAUUCACCUAUGAGAAUUUACAGAUCCAUGCCGCAGAGAAGAUCGCCAACCAGUUCCUGUUCCUUCAUAUAAUCAUACACCAAAACAUGCUGUUUUUGAAUCAGUUCGCCAUUCCUCUGUCUCCGGGAGGACGCCCACCACGAGACAUGCCAAAGCCAUUCCUCAGCAAUGCGGGUCGAGCCGCAGUGGAAGCAGCGCAUCACAUAUCGGUGCUUUUUGAUCGCGCUUCCGCCUAUCCUCUCACUGUUCCCUUCGCUGGGUAUUGUGCUUACUCUGCCAGCACUGUCCACAUUUGGGGUAUCUUCUCCAAGAACCCACAAUUGGAGGCACGCUCUAAAGAGAAUCUCCGACACACCUACCGCUAUCUUAAUAAGAUGAAGAAGUAUUGGGGAAUGUUCCACUACAUGGUCGAGAGUGCCAAGGACCGCUACCGGCAAUUUGCUGAUGCGGCUAUCAAGGGCUCCGUGGCUGUUCAGAACGGCAGCUCGCUGGCACCCAUGUUCCAGUAUGGUGACUGGUUUGACAAGUAUCCUCAUGGCGUGUCAAGGGUGCAUUGGGAGGAUCCCGACACCCGACACAAGGAGACAGGCGAUGAUGCAGUCAUGGGACAGAAGCCCGAUCUUCAAAGCGUUGAGGAUUUCUUUGCAAGCCUUUCUCCCACACCCCAGCCAAGCUUGCCGCGUCACUCGCGACCUCGCAAAAACAGCAAACUAUCAGACGGCGUCCCAGGCAUGGAACAAACAUCUCCUCAAUCAGUAAUGGACGUUACAAUGGGGAACACGCCAGGUAUUCCAGGCAGUGCAUUCCCUCAGGCUUCCACGUUCCACCAGAAUCGACAAAUGUCGUUUGGUCAGCCACCCUUCGAUUUCACCAUCCCGACCGAUCAACUACCCCAGCUCGACCGACAAUUCGUCUAUGGCUCAUUCUCCGAGUUCGACCCUUCCUCAUUUGUCCCAAAUAACCCUCCUAUUCCACAAGUCAAUAGUGCCGAAGUACCAAACCCCGGGCAGAACCCCGACCAGACUCUUUUCACUGGCCAAAUGGACCCAAGCGCCCCCGCCGGGAUGGGUGAGUUCUACCAACCCAGCGCAUGGUUCCUCCCCUUCAACCUCGAUCCCGUUGGUACAAAUCCACCGCCACAGGCCCCACCACCUGGGCCCGGGCCUAGCAACAGCAAUCCCCCUCCGCCUGACAUGCCUCCUGUUCCAGAGUUUGGCGCUGGAGGUAUGCCACUGAGUGCAUACGAUCUUGGGCUUGGGCCCAAUCCACGGCAAUGA